AUGGAGAAGCACAAGCUGCAGCCGGGGGAGGAGGCGAAAAUCCGGGCCAUCUUCUUCUUCAUCGGGCUGCUGCUGAGCCUGCCGUCGCACGUGAUCGUAAACGUGUCCUUCCUCAUAAACCGAAUCUACGAUGAGGAAAUUUUCGUCACCGUCAUGGGCAUCGUGUCUGGCUGCAUGAUCAUCUCCUCCGUCUUUCAGUUAACCUUCGAAAGGACCUCCUUCAAAUCAAUAAUGCUUUUCAAUUCGUUGAAUACAGCCAACAUGCUGGUCCUCCUAGUAGGCAUCUGCUUCUUCAAGUGCUCCAAGUACUACGUCUACGUCAUCUGUGGCACCAUUGGCUUGUUUAUUGGCUACCUCUAUUCCGCUUGCACCAAGUAUUCCCUCCUCAUGGCAAUCAAGGUGAAUGGCUACAUGAUCACUGGCAUCAGCUUCAGCUCUCUCUUCUUCUUCGCAAUCAAUUUGCUAAUGUCUUAUUUUACAAUAGAAGAUGGGAACGUUAACUCCUAUUACAAUGCCAUUGCCUUAUCCAUUGGGACCACUGUGUCAGUCGAGUUUUUUAUUAUCCUCUUCAUUUUGUAUGCACAAGUCAGCUCCCCUUUCUUCAUCGAGCAGAAACAAAAAAUUGAGCUUGAAAUCUGCCAAAACGCUAGUAUGCAUAACGAUUUGAGUUCCAUUGAAAAGGGGAAGACGAAGAAACAGAAGAGCGCUUUAUCAUCUGAUUCGAAGUCCAAGGAUGGCGGGGCGAAUGCUUCUUUCCUCACCUCGUGCAAAGAGAAAGUGGCCAACUUUAGGGGCAUGUUCAACUGCACCAACAUCUCCAACGGCGCUUGCCUCAUUAAGUACUACUACGUCUGCCUCAUCCCCAUCUCCUUUUCGAUUUUCGUCUCCUCGAUUGUCUACCCCCACAUGAUCCCCAACAAGCUCGGAAAAGGCGUCUACGUGAACUACCUGUUUAUGUUCCUGUACCAGCUGAGCGACAUGCUGUUUAGCCUCCUCGUGACGGUCUACCUGACCGCCUUCAACUUCCUGAAGCAGAAGUACAUCGUGAUGCUGUGCCUCAGCAGACUUAUCCUCCUGGGAAUCGCUUUCAAAAUAAAGAAUUUGGACGAUGGAGACUACAUGCGCUCGAACGGGUUCGUCUCGCUGAUCAUUUUUCUGUUGGGUUCUACCAACGGCUCCUUUAUAAAUAUAAGUUACGCCAGAAUAGGGGAGUGCUUCGAAGAAUCCAGCACGAAGGAAAAGAACAUCGCCGUGUCCUCGUCCUUUUGCGCCCUCUGCCUCCUAAUGAGUUUUGCCCUCGCGCCCUGGGUCUGCAAGGCGAUCAUCGAUUUGUGA